UUCUUUUCCUUAAGGGAACGAUUGGCGAUUUUGUGCCACCGUAUCCACCACUGAUACCAUCACUGGUAGUCGCAUGCAUUCAAUUGAUCGAGUCACGCGGCAUGGACGACCCAACUUUGUACAUAAGACAAAGUAAUACGAGGCUGGUCGAGAUCGUGGUGAAUGGGUACCUCAAAACCAAAAAAGUGCCCUCGAACAUGCACAAGCUCAACGACAACACGAUUGCCUCGAUUCUCAUGAAAUUUUUCUCAUCCCUGAGCGAGCCACUCAUCAAUGGCACGUACAUGAAUAAUUUCGUCGCUGCACUUGAGAUUCGUGAGAGAACAGGUAGAGACACAGCACUUCACAAAGCGCUGUCGAGUCUGCCGCAGCCCAAUGCUGAGACUCUCGUUUAUCUUCUUAGGCAUUUGAAAAAAAUCGUUAAAAAUUCGGAGAACAGAGCUAAAGAUUUGGCCAAUGCGUUUGGACCUGUGUUGGUCGGUUGGGUGCACACUACGGAAGAAUUUACUCCGCAAGCGAUGUCCAGGCAGGCAAGCUAUAAGUCCUUGAUUAUCGAAAGCCUGUUGCAAAUUAACUUGAAACCGUGGCUGCGUUUCGUAGAUGUCGAGCAGCGUGCUUCGAGUUCGAUGCGCCGAUCCAAGCCAUUUUUGCGUACCUUGGCCGAUUUAUUGAAAUCUCGUCGGUCAAAAACCCCAUCACCCCGGAACCAAGCCACCUUCAUGCAGUCGCUGUGAAAGUCCAAUUUGGAGAAAUUAAACUCGGCUAAUAUCGAAUUUUUUAUGAAAUUCCGAUUAUAAUACAAUUUUAUGGCGAAUUUAUGGGAAAUAAGGGAAAUAAGGGUUCGAUCAAUCAUUUUUUCAUGGCGCCAGAGGAAGCUGGCUCGUCAGUCUGUAGUUUCAAUUUACUUUUUUGGGGAUCAAAAUAAUAUUACAAUGAGUUUGGGACGUGUUUAUCGUAUAAGAAUUUAAAUGUUGGUAAGGAAACUCCUUCGACGUGCAGUAAAAUGGUGGAGGAUUUGAAAAAAAAAAAAAAAAAAAAAAAAAAAUAGUUUUUUUAAGAAUUGAAUCCUCGGCAAAAAACUUUUUGGCUCACUUUUAGAGCUGUUUUUUUUUUUUUUUUUUUGGUAUUUGGGUAAAAAUAGGUGCACCAGCAAAUUUGGAGCCACAGAAUCACGACAUUAUCGGCAAUAAGAAUUUUGUUGUGUAUUUUGUUCUGAAAAGUCCUUGAAUAAACUUUAACUUACUGUUUA